AUAUAGCUGUUUUUCUGUAGUUAGCAUUUGCGAAAUAUGCGUCCAGUGUGCAUAGUCGCAACGUGCCCCCACCGACGCGUAAAGAAUCAACCGGCGAAGCUGAGAUUUCACCGUGUGCCGAAUGACGAACCUCGUAGGUCGUCAUGGUUAGAACUUACUGGACAGCAGAAUGUGUCUGUGGAGAACCUGCCAAAGACAAUGUUUGUAUGCGAGGACCACUUCGAUGCGAAAGCGUACCGCAUGGCCAUAAUGGGACCUGUCAGCAAAAAACUUCGCGAUGAUGCUGUCCCAUCACUACAACUGCCCAAGGAUGCCGACGACGGUCCAUCGAAACGCCGUGUUGUUUUGGCCCCAAAACAAGUGCAACUCAGCCAACAUUCACCACUGUUGCGGCAUCCACCCGUGUGUUCUCUGCAAACACCUCCUCAAAUGCCAGCAAGUCCAGUGCUUCAAGAGAACGCCAUCCCAUCAUCACCACGCAUGUUUGUGGUGGUCCCACGUAAAUUGGAGUAUCGUUCACCUACAAGCAUGACAAAAACAAAACCAGUUGUGGUGCACCGAUCAACAUAUACACAGACAGACGUAGCUGCGAAAGCACUGCAGGAACGGGGUUGUCAGACAGAGCCAUGGGAACUGCCAGUUGAAAGAAACGCCACUGUCAACGCGAGCUGCACAACAGCCCCGACUCCCGCAAACUCAAACACAGGAAGCCAGCCUGCUGAAACUGAUGAUGAUGAUGAUGAUGAAAUGACGACGACUACAGUCCGUCACAGGAAGCGAGUAGUAGUGGGUUCCAUAUUCUUCUCUGGAGCAAAUGCAGCACCAACUCUGCGAAUGCUGAAGCACAUAAACGUGCAAACGUUCAGCCUCACAACAUUUUACAGAUACCAAAGCUGCUUUCUUGUUCCAGCCGUAGAGAAGGUCUGGUCAUUGGAGCAGAGGCAACUUCUAGACCAGCUGGAUGACCAGGCAGUAGAUGUAUCAGCAGAUGGGAGCCUCAGAACAUCAGUUUAUCUCUUGAAUUUUCUUGCUUAUGCUUUGUUUGUUCGAGCAGGCAUAAAGCUGAACUCCAUAACAACAGACCGUCACCCUGCCAUAAGAAAGUACCUUGAGAAGGAAGAACCAGCGAUAAGGCACUUUUUCGACAUUUGGCAUAUCUCAAAAAGUGUGAAAAAAAAGCUGACCGCGAUCAGCAAAAGCGCCAACUGCCACAGCCUAGAGAGGUGGAUCCAGGCAACGUCUAACCACCUGUACUGGUGUGCAAAAGCCAGUGGAGGAGAUGCUCGGCUGACAACAGAUGCAUGGCUAAGCAUCCAGAAUCAUGUUGUGGAUAUUCACAGUCACCAUAAUGGAUCCUACCCACGCUGCCUUCAUGGUCCAAUCACAGAUGGAGACUGGCUUGACCCCGAUUCUUUGGCUUACAAAAAAUUCAAAGAAGUGACUGGGAACCCACGGCUUCUCAAAGAUGUUGCCCAGAUGUCUGCCAACACUCAAACUUAUGCCCUUGAAAGCUUCCACAGCCUCCUGAUCAGGUUCGCGCCAAAAUCUGUGGCGUUUUCUCCCGAGGGCAUGCUUUGCAGGACUAGACUGGCUGCUCUGCAUUAUAAUGAAAAUGCCCAACGCAGCCAAGCGGAGACACUACGUGGGGACCUACGUUGGAAGAUAAAGAACUCCAAAGCGAAGCAGGGACACCAAGUGGCUUGUCCUGUCAAGACUGCCCCUACAUUUGCCUACAUUGCAAAGCUGCUUGCUGAAGCAGAAGUGCAGUGCAGGUCGCAUGCGUCAUUUCAGGAGGCAAGCAAGCAAAAGCAGACACGGAGCUUCCCAGCGCCGAUGAGCCACUCGAGGCAACAACUGCCUAAAGAAGUCAUCGUGGCUGCCAGGGUGUCAAGACUAGGCACCUGAUAGAGGCACCUGGUCAUGAUCACAUUGCAUAUCUGCUGCUUUCAAGCUUGUUGUCUGUUUGAGGCUCAGAUUUGUAGGUGAGUUAUGCUUAUGUAAAGUAAUUGUGGUAAUCACUUUUCUGUAAUUAGGGCUAUCUUGCUUUCUGUUGCAGCUGUAGUGCAGAGGAUAUGUCAUUUUUGUCAUAUUUUUGUUUCAGUGUUGUUACAACAACGGACAGCUGAGGGUGGCUAUAAAAGCAGACACAACCAAUACACAGGCCUCGGAGACAGACUUGGGGGAGGGGGGGGUUGCUUGGAGAUGACGGCGCGUUGCACAAUGGUAAAAUAGAGGAAGUCGUGGAACAGGAGAUGGAGGGAGAUGCAGUUCCCUUUGCUCUCUGGUACUGACUGGCGACUGCAGAAAACACAUGAUCAUUCCUCAGCUAGCCUUCGUUGGGGAGCUUACUGUACCGGGUUACCAUCAGGUUACAUGGUAUGUCAGAUACUGCACAAAACAGACCUCUACUCAAGAAACGUCCUGACGUAGGUAGACAGAUUGAAACCGAAACAAAUUGGAGGAGGAGGGCUGGGUUCUACGAAUGGGCAUUUGCUACUGAAAGAAAGUAGGACUGAAGCUUGCGUCCCUUUCUGGGACCAUCAUAACACCCUCAAGACCAUGGCUUUCAGGUGCAUCCAUGUUCGCCCCUAGCUCUGAGCGUAGCUGUAGCGCUGUCGAACACUAGGAUGUCAUUUGUUUACAAGCAGGGAGGUCUGUUGUUUUCUGUAUGUUUUAUGGUUAUACAAAUACCAUAGUUCAGCAUUCGAAAUGCACGAAAAUGCGUAUCAGGUGCUUUAGUACAUAAAUUGAUAAACAGUGCAUGGUUUCGCAUAAGUCUGCCAUUCGAUGAUAUUUGUUGGGAGCUACCAUAUACAUCACCCUCAGAAGUGCCCUGAGACCAUUGAUCACGUACAUAUGGAAUAAGCUGCAAACUGUUAUGGAGAGGGUGCUUGCACAGUCACUGUCAACAUGCUCCCAUUACAUGAGACCGCUUCCUCUUCUGCUGCAUAUCUGAACGCGUAUGCUACCAGUUUUUCAUUAAACAAAAGGCAUGUCACACAUAUCACUUGGGGUUUGCUCUCUUUCGGCAACAGCAAUGGUGGUGCACAUCUCAUACUGGCAUCCAGAAUUGUUUCAAACACAGACUUGACUUGUGUGACAAUUUGUUUUAUUCAUGUAAUUUCCAAGACUAUUGGCAGUACAAUCAAAAAUAUAAGGAUGCACGCAACUUACACAUUUCUGUCAGUUGUACAAGUAGUAUUUGUUAGUUGCUGCAACCCAUUUCCACAAACACUCUGUAUCAGAUAUAAAACAAUUG